AUGGAAACUUCAGAACAGACAGAGGCGGUGCCGGUAUCUAGCGAGGUGGUGGAGGCCACUGAAGCAGUAGAAUCGCAGCAGCCGUCAAAAAAGCGCUCAUUGGAGGAUAUGCAGCAGGACACUGAGCCCGACGCAUCAGAGCCUCAUCAGGCAUCACCACCGGAGCCUGAAGCCAAGCGGCCAAAGACCAGCCAGGAAGAUAAGAAUGGGACCGCGGACGUCGUAGAAGACGAGAGUGCUGAGGAGGGUGAGUUGGAGGAUGAGGACGAUGCAUCUGAGAAUUCAGACUCUGGCUCAGAAGAAAUGGAUGGUGAGGAGGACGACGAUACGAGGCCGGCGACGACGGCAGCCGUUGAAAAGCCCGAUGCAGGGGCGCAGCGGACGACGCGAUCCAUGGCAAAGGCCCCGGCCCAGGUUGGAUGGAAUCAAGGCAUCACGUCCCAGAUUCGGACUUCAUUAGGCGGGUCUGCAAAAGCUGCACCAGCACCGUUCAAGGCCAAGUCAAAGGAACCAACGCCGGAGCCCGAGGCUGAGGCCGAAUCCGAACCUCAAUCCGCAACAGAAGCCGCGCCUUCCCAAGCCCCUCCACCUGCCCCCGCCGACAAGGACACCGCAAAAUCCAAGAAGAAAACACGACAAGAACUUAAGCAGGAAAAACAAGCUGCUCAGGCUGCGUCGGGCAAAGAAAAGGGCCAAGACGAAAAGCCCUUUGAGCACAGUGGCCUGCUACUUCAUUUGCCUACCAAGAAAAGUCUGUUGCAGCCCAAGGGUAACAAUCUGGGCGCAGGCGUUUGGAAGGCCAAGUUCAAGAGCUGGUGUCAAUCUUUCAUCAGCCGCAACAUCGACCAGCAGGACCGGCUCAACGCCGACAUCGUCGUCGCUGCCCUGCAAGCGUAUAUCAACACUCGCGCGCGCUGGACAAAAAAGAAGCAGCAGGGUGUCGCCCUAGCCGAGUCUAAAAAGCCUCAAACGAAAACCGACAUUGCUGCGAACCUGGCAACCAUCCUGAAGAACGACGAUUACUUGAACAUGACCACAGGCACAGGCACCGAGGAUUCACCCAUGGUCAUCGACGACGGAGACGACGACGAUGUCCAGGAAGUCCCGCCUCCCAGCAAAUCCACACCCGCUGUCGCGCAAACCGCUGGUUCAGUCAAGACGGAACACUUGGAAGGAGCCCACGCCUCACCUGCCGAUACCCAAGAAGACGAGCUCUCGGACGAAGAGAUGGAGAGCGGUCGACCGGGCCCGGCUAUCAUGAGUGAGGAGGAGGAUCUGGCUGAGCAACGCAGGUACUUUCCCGGCCUUCCCGAGUCUGAGCGAAUUUGCAUCUACUGCGCUACCCCCGGUCAUAUGUCGUCUGCGUGCCCCAAGACGGCCUGCAAGUUUUGCGAUUAUGAAGGCCACUUUUCUUGGAGCUGCCCGACUCGCGAGAGGUGUACUAAGUGUCGCCAACUGGGCCACGGCAAGGGACAAUGCACGGAGAAGCUCAUUCACCUGGAUGAGGAGGGCAUGGAGUGUGCCACGUGUGGCUCCCAAGCCCACGAAGACGAUGACUGUGAGGACCUCUGGCGGUCUUACCAGCCUCGGAGAGGCGCGAUCAAGAAGGUCAACGUUCUCCCCGCGUACUGUGGUGCAUGCGGAACCGAAGGACACUACUCUUCCGACUGCUCUCUCCACGCCAACAAGCCUCGCAGCAAGACUUGGGCACUUAAGAACAGAGACCUGUACUUCGACAAGAACGCCACCGAAGGGCCGAUCAGUAACUUUGCCAGUGUGCCUAAUGCACCCCAGCUCCAGAUCAAGGGUGCGUCCGCCGCUCGCAAGCACAUCUUCUACGCCGAUAGCGACGGGUCUGAAGAGGGCGAGUUCCUCGGCCAGAAGGUGAAGCCGCGCGCCCCACCCGGAAACAUUUCCUUGUCGACCAAUAUCCAGCUUGGCAAUUUCGGUGGUCGUGGUGGACCGCAGUCGCAGCCUCAGCAGAACGGGCGCGGCCAGCAACGCGGUGGUGGUGGUGGGUGGUCAGCGCAGCAGCCUCCUCUUCCUCCUGGACCUCCCCCAUCUGGCCCAGCACCGACUGGCUCGUACUCGCGCAUGUCGAGGAGCUACAACAAUCAGAAUCAGUCGCGACCGCAGGCUCCGAGCAACGGCACUGGCCGGGGUGGGCUGCCUCCCAAGCCUCCAGCACCGCAACUCGGCUACCACAGCGUCGCCCCACCUCCUCACAACGGACCGGGACCGAACGCGAAGAAGCCGCGGACCAGACAGUCGGGGGGCAAUGCGCCUACGGGACCCUCGCACCAUCAGCAAAACGGUGGUGGAAUCUCUUCUGGGGGAGGAGGAGGACGCCGCAGGGGUAAGAACAAACGCGGUGGGAGGCAGGGAUGA